CUCCACCAAAACUGCCCCUGGCUGAGCGGAGGCAGGGUGACAACUUUAAGACUCACAAAUCGGAGCUGCUGGAUGACAUUCAGAAGCUGAGGCUGGAGAUCGGUCCCAUCAUGCCUGAGGCGCACAGACCCCAGCUGAAGCAGCACAGUAAAAGUGUGAGGAACAGGAGAUUCCUUCGUGGUAAAAAGAAAUUUAACAUGGACCCAAAAGUGGGAAUCAAAUACCUGAUUGAAACUGGUUUUCUUGAAUGGAAGGCAGAUUCAGUGGCUGAGUUUCUUUACAAGGAGGAGGGACUGAACAAGACCGCCAUCGGAAACUUUCUGGGAGAAAGGGAGGAAAUGCAUCUGCAGGUCCUCAAAGCCUUCGUGGGUCUGCACGAGUUCUCUGAUCUGAAUCUGGUUCAGGCUCUGAGGCAGUUUCUGUGGAGCUUUCGCCUCCCAGGAGAAGCACAGAAGAUUGACAGGAUGAUGGAGGCUUUUGCAGCUCGAUACUGCGACUGCAACCCGGGGGUCUUCCAAUCCACAGACACCUGCUACAUUCUGUCUUUUGCCAUCAUCAUGCUGAACACCAGUCUGCACAACCCCAACGUGAAAGACAAGCCGAGCCUGCAGCGGUUCGUCUCCAUGAACAGAGGCAUCAACAACGGCAAGGACCUGCCUACCGACCUGCUCACGAAACUGUAUGCGAGCAUCCGCAGUGAGCCUUUCAAAAUCCCAGAGGAUGAUGGGAACGACCUGACUCUGACCUUUUUUAAUCCAGACAGAGAGGGCUGGCUCCUGAAAAUGGGCGGUCGGGUCAAAACGUGGAAGAGGAGAUGGUUCAUUUUGACUGACAGCUGCCUGUACUAUUUUAAAUACACCACAGAUAAGGAUCCGAUCGGGAUCAUCCCUCUGGAGAACCUCGGAGUCAAACAGCUACAAGACUCCAGCAAAGCGUUCUGUCUGGAGUUAUAUAACCACAAAGGACAAAAGAUAAAAGCCUGCAAGACGGAGAACAAAGGCCGAGUGGUUCAGGGCAAACACCAGUCUUAUAAGCUCAGCGCAGCCAGCGCUGAAGAGCGGGACGACUGGAUUGAUGCAAUCAGGGCGAGCAUCACCAAGGACCCAUUUUAUGACCUGGUGUCGAUACGGAAGAAGAAGGCCAUCAGCAACACUUCCUCACAGGACUGAAGCUGCAGACAGCUCAGGAUCUCUGACGUGUUUUAAUGAAUCCUCACGAGCACUGGCGAUGAGGGGAGAAAUGAUUCAAACAGCAUUUCACGGAAAAACGUUCAAACUAGGAACUGACGCUUGUGGUGUCGACGGGGAACGGCAAACUGCACGCAACUAUUAGAGUAAAGUGUUCGUAAUAGUUCUGAGAACUGAACGCARGACUGAUCUAACCUCAAAAACUGACAGUUCAAAGAGUUUCUGCUGCAGAAAGAAGGGAGGAAGUUUCAGGGUUUUAGCUUGUUAGCAUUAAGAGACCUUAUCAAAUGUUGAAACAAGAGGUCUAAAAAGUUCUGUACUUGUUAAUUAUACUUUGUUUUUCAGCUUAAAGAGUCAUCGAGUAGAACUAAAAUAUUCACAUAUACCGUGACUACAAGGAAAUGUAAAAUUAGCAUUAAAAGCAUUAAGAAGAGAUAAAAGUCUGAGAAAAAAAAGAUAAAAAUGAUGCAGAAUGUCAACAGAGCCAGAAACAGGAUGCAUUAUAAUUCUCGACAAGAUGCAAACUGGCUACAAAGUAAUAUAAAAAACUAUAAAACAUAAAAAUAUAUAGUAAAAUUACCAAAAACAAAACCAAUAUGUGCACAAAGUCAUGCAAAAUCCCUGCAGAGGCUCAAAGAAUAAAAGACAGUGAAGAAUCACUAAAUUAAAACGUGAACUUCCUGUUUUUCAUUAUUUACUUCUCAUUUAAACUCCUUAAACAUGAUUCAUGGAUGUAAAAAUAAGAGCUCAGAUCUGACGGUUUGUCAAUUUCAGGAGAAAAUGUAGUUUUUUUUCACUUUCAGUGCACAGUUUUCUGUAAAUGUAACAAGGCGACACUUUGGUUCCAAGAAAUGGAUGUAAAAAUAGUUUUUUAAAGGUUUUGUUUUAACUCAUGGAUUUUUGUCUGUAUUUGUAUGCAUGUAUUUAAGGUGUGAUGUAAACAAACUGUAAAAUAAACUUUUUUAUAUAUAA